CCUUCAUUAAGCUUGAGCUCUAGAGGCUUCAGUGAGGAAAGCGGUUCCGCUCCUAGGCUUCCAAUGCAAAGCAGCAGUCCGAUGGGUUGAGGACAGAAGAAAGCUGCUACUUUCUCAUCUACCUUCCACCUGGUGGACCUGGGCCUCGUCCCUGGGACAAGGAUGGUGGGUGCAAGGGCAGUCACAGGACCCAGCGCCUCCCCUAGCCUGGCACAGCAGCGCAGCAGAGUCAGCAGUGUUACAGUGAAUCCCUCCUAUCAGGUGUCCUGCUGUGGCCCUGCUCCCUGUACCAGCUGUACCAGCUGUACCAGCUGCUGCCCCUCUACGUGGCUGCCUCUCACAGAGUCCACUUGUAGCCGGCUAUUCUACAUCCUUCUGCAUGUGGGGGCCUCAGCAGUCUGCUGCCUCCUGUUAUCAAGGACAGUAGUUGAAAGGGUCUGGGGCAAGGCACAAGGAAUCCAGAUGCCCUCAGGGCUGUGUGCCCACCUGCUUGGCCACUCUGAUUGCCCAGUGUUCAGCGGCUCUGGGGCUGUGUACCGAGUAUGUGCAGGAAUUGCCACUUUCCACCUGGUGCAAGCUGUGUUGCUGGUCCACCUAGACUCCCCCACCAGCCCACGGGCACAGCUACAUAACAGCUUCUGGCUCCUCAAGUUUCUUUUCCUGCUAAGUCUCUGUGCUGCUGCCUUCUGCAUCCCUGAUGAGCAUCUCUUCCCAGCCUGGCAUUACAUUGGCAUCUGCGGAGGCUUCACUUUCAUCCUGCUACAGUUGGUGCUUAUCACAGCCUUUGCCCAUUCCUGGAACAAAAACUGGCAGACAGGUGCAGCCCAAGACUGCAGCUGGUUCCUGGCAAUGCUGCUGGCCACCGUGGGCUUCUACAGCAUGGCAGGUGUGGGAGCUGUGCUCCUGUUCCACCACUACACACAUCCGGCUGCCUGCCUGCUCAACAAAAUGCUGCUUGGUCUGCACCUUAGUUUCUGUGGGCUCAUCUCCAUCCUCUCCAUCACCCCCUGCGUCCGCUUCAAGCAACCCCACUCUGGUCUUCUACAAGCCUCUAUCAUCAGCUGCUAUAUCAUGUAUCUGACCUUCUCUGCACUGUCCAGCCGUCCUCCAGAGAGAGUAAUCCUUGAAGGACAGAAUCACACCCUGUGCCUGCCAAGCCUAAGUAACAUGGCACACCAGACACCAGACACCAACCUGGCUCUGUUGAGUGCUGGCAUUAUGUAUGCUUGUGUGCUUUUUUCUUGUAAUGAGGCUUCCUACUUGGCUGAGGUAUUUGGGCCUUUGUGGAUCAUCAAGAUUUAUAGCUAUGAGUUCCAGGUGAGGAUAGAGAGCUCAAUAAUACCAAGUCCCCCUUCUCCCAACACACCUACAGACAGACAGACAGACACACACACACACACACCCUACCAACCUCUACCCAGAAUGCUCAGAUUCUAGCUGCUAUUUCCUUUUAUUGAAUACCCACAAUGUGCUAAGCACUGUGCUAGAUACUUUACAUACAUAAUCUCAUUUAAUUUAAUCCUCACAACAACCCUGUGAGGUAGGUAUUUGCUCCAUUUCACAAAUGGAGAAAUCGAGGCACAGAAGAUUAAACAUCUUACCAACGAUCCCAAAGCCAGUUAUAUGCUAGAGCUGGAAUUUGAACCCAUGUCUCUACACUUUUACACCAGACUCAACUUUUCAAUGAAAGGGAGUUUCCUAGAU